AUGGUUCAGUAUUUCGCUGUUUUGUUGAUUCUCUGUAUUUCUGGCGGUUCACUGAGAACAACCACCUCACCUCAGCAACAAAACACUGAAAAAGUAAAAGAUUUAUGUGAGGUAAGAAAAGCAUGAAGAUCCGAAACCUUAUAUUUUACUUCUUUUAUCAUCGCUAUAGCAUUAUGCAUUCCAAUUUAUUGAAAGUCCUUUUUCAGCAUGAUCUGACAAUUACUUAUUACUGUGUUCCCUCGUCCUAUCAUACAACUAAUUGGGGUCCUGGUAUUCAACGUCCAGUUUUCAGUUUCCAAUUUUCAUGUUUUCUUCGUCUCUACAUUAAACUACAAAUCAUGUUUACUUUCAGCGAUCUCUAGUGGGUUUCCCAGGCAUCCCAGGAUCCAAUGGCAUGCCGGGAAUGCCAGGCGUUCCCGGUCCUCAAGGACUCCAGGGAAGGGACGGUACUAAGGGAGAAAUUGGUGAUAAAGGAUCACAAGGAAUGCCGGGUCCAAGAGGAGACAGAGGGUGAGAAGCGCCCCCCGGGAAGAGUGGACCCCGAGGAAUCAAGGGAAUAAAAGGUCAACCGGGACUUGUGGGUAUCAAAGGAGAGCGAGGCAUUGCGGGAAAUCAAGGAAGAAAAGGAGACAAAGGAAAGAAAGGAGAAAGCGUCAAAGCAAGUCAAGCAAGUGUAGUACCACAAACCAACUGGAAACAAUGUGUGUGGAAAUCAACCAGCAGUACUGAUAACGGAAAGAUUAAGGUAAUUAGAAUAAGAAUCAUGACACAAUCCUAAGAAAAUUCAUUCUUUUUUAAAUUAAUAAAAAUUCAAAGAUGAACGUCUCCCCUCUCACCCACAGCUGGCCAAACAUUACAUUAAUAACUAAGUUACAUUUCCCUCUACUUUGGUUCUUUUUGAAAGAAGAAAAAGAAAAAGGAAAACCAACCUGCGUGAUAAAAUGAUUCCUGGUCAUAUGGAUAAGGACAACAAAAAUGAAGCGAUUACAGAGUUUUUAAACAUAAGGAAGUAAUCUUGACAGAAGUAGUUAGUAUUAUACACGGUUGCUCGCCUUAUUACAUUAUGUUUGAUUUGUUUAAUUUUAUUCCAGGACUGUGCGUUUAACAAACUGCAGUCUAAUUCAGCGCUCAGAGUCUCAUUCCAGGGCAACACGAGGGUCUUUAGUCAUUAUAAGUGUAACCGGUGGUAUUUCAAGUUCAAUGGAAAUGAAUGCAGUGGACCAAUGACGAUUGAGGCUGUUGUUUACAACUACUGGCCAUCUGGGAACCCUAAUCUGCUGCAUCAUCGAUCAUUUGAGGGGUACUGUGAAAACAGAGUGGAACUAUGGGUAGGAAAGUGUACCGGCUACACCUUGGGUAAUGCUGAAACUGGGUGGAAUUCAGUGUCCCGGAUAAUGAUUGAAGAAGUAUCUAGGUCCCAGUCCUAAUAAGGGGAGUCUUUUUAACUUUGGCGCAGAGUCAAUUUCCUUAGGAUAGCAUUCUACAAAUAUAGACUGUAAAGCGCAAGGUGCGAAAUGAUUGCUUUUUGGAUAUUUUCGUUUUAGCGCUUUGUGAACUACUUUCGUCGUAUCAGAUUGUCAAUAAUAAACUAUAAAUAACAGUAUCAAGAUUUUGUAUUACUAUGUCGGCAUGUUAUUCCUGUGCAGCAGCUCUUUGUUUUGUCACGCAGCGCUCCUCUAGCCUUUUUUGUUUUUUUGUUUUGUUUUGUUUUGUUUUUUUUUGUGGGGAGGCACUUCUCGUGACGACACAAUAACCGGUUGAGCGCGUAGGGAAUUGGUCUCUCAUGCAGCUGUUUUGUUUUGUCACGCACCGCUACUUCUCGUUGCUUGACGAGACAAAAUGGCUGUGAUUAAGAGCGAUUGAUUGGCAAUAUUUUUUGUAGGUGAUAUGGUAUGGAUGCAAAAUACAUAUCACUACAGCUUCAGGGGAACCCAUUCUCUCUUGGGUUACCAUGUGUACCAUCAGAUUGUCGGUCUUUUCCUAAGUCUAUAAAUAUAUAGUCAAAGUAAAGGUCGUGAUAUAAUCUUUCAUCUCAACGAAAAAAAAAAAAAAAAUCUGCUGAAGAGGUAACCUUUGCAUUUAAAAUAUUUUCGUCUGGAAAAUCUUUAAGCAAAUCCGGAAGAAAUCGCGCUUAAUUAAAUCACACGCCACAAUUCCUUUUGUAGCCAAACCGCCAUUAUUAAAAACAGAUUUGAACUCAAGGAUUAAAAUCGCUCCUUGUAAAAUUGAUAUCAAUUAGCUAGGAAGAUGGAUAUGAUUAUAGGAUAACUUGAUUAUUUCUAGCACGUGUGGCAGGCGUUCAAAAGAAAACGGAAGGUGGUUUAGGUGCGAGACCGCGCGCCAGGGAGAUGGAAGGAGAGGAACACUUUCCCCUUUCCGUCCUUUCUCGUGCGCCCUUAAGUGCUUCUCAGGCACCUAAAACGUCUCUUCCCUUCCCUUUCGAAUGCCCCUCCACAGAGGAAAAAGAGGAAUAUGUUUUUAGUCGUAACAUUGAGAUUCUUGUCAACAAACCUUCCCAUUACUUUAAAAAUAGCAUCUUUGUUAUAUUUCUUGCAUUUAAGUGUAGUUUGCUUCAAUGUGUGAUUUCUGCGCUUUUCACAAACAUGCGAAUUCUGAAGUUCAAAAGCCAACUGACGAUUGCGUUUUUCGCUGCCGUCAAUCAUCUUAACGGACCUCUUAGGAAACAAAACUUUACUUUAACGGGUUCAAAAGGUCAAGGUUUGUGAUUUGUGAUUGGUGGAUUUCGAUCCGUUUUGUGUGUUUCUGUGUUUCAAGGUUCGUUGCUUGUGAUCGUAAUUAUGAUUGACGGCAACGAAAAACGCAAUUGUGAAGGCGGCUUUUGAACUUUAGAGCUCGCAUGUUUCUUUUCCAUUUUUUUUCCUAACAAAUAAGAUCGAACUCAUUAUGUCUGCUUCUUAACAGAGAUUUGCCCGUACAGUCUCUCAAUAUUGAUUUCAGUAUCCAAUGUACUAUUGGCAAUCUGAGAAAGAUCAUAAUCUGCAUCGUCAGCGGUCACUUUAGGUGUACUUUGAAAAUAUCCCACAAGGCGCAGUUAAAAUGGAAUUAUGGGUAGGACAGUGUAGUGGCGAAACCCUGGGUGACGCUGCCACCGGUUGGAAAUCAGCGUCCCGGAUAACGAUUAAAGAAGUAUCUAGGUCCCAGUCCUUAAAAGGGAGUCUAAAAUACUCUUUGGCGCUGUUUCACUAACUUUCUUACGAAGAGCAUAUGCAAAUAUAGAAAAUGUAACAUUUGAAAGCACACGGUUCAGAGGUAUUUUUUGAUCAUUUAAAUUAACUUCCCUUUUAGCUUUUGUAAUUAUUUGCCUUAAGUUGGAGAAAUGGAAGCUGAAUAUCUUGCAUUCUUAUAGAAAUCAAUCGCCCACUUACUUACGAAACAGCCAGAGUUUGUAAACGUAGUCAUAUUCUUGGUGAUUGCAAAAAUUGCUCCAAUUAUCUUGCAGCAGAUUCUUAAUAUCUAUCUGGUUUAGGCUAGUUUUUAUCUUUUUUAUUUUUCGUUCAAGAGGUUCGAGAUCGUUCCUACAAAUCAUGGGAUAAAGCCCUCUUCUUACAGUUUAAGAAAAGUUUCUUCAAGAUGGAAAACUUCCUCUGCAGUAGUUGCUUUACUCCUUAAGUCCCAAGAGAGACCAAAGUCAAUUUUCUCUUAACAGAGUCAAUACAUAAUCAAGAGAAACUGCUGUGAGAAUAAAUAAAAUGAUCACCUGAUGGGCAGUGCUUUGAUCUACAAAUAAAUUCUCUGAUCCAAUUCUUGAAGGAAACGUAUGGAGAUCAGUUUGGAGAAUUUCUAUUUGGAUAAAGUUGGGGCUUAAAGGGUUAAAGGGGACAUGACACGAGGAUAUUGUUGUUUUGAGUCAAUUCUGAGCGGAAGUCAUAAUUACUGAGUGCCAAUACACAAAAUGAUUCAAAAGAGAUAUGAAAAAGGAGAUUUCAAACAAAUUUCGCGAGGAGCAAUAACCAUAAUAAUAGUUUUGGUGAUUGUAGUAGGUAGAACGUUUAAACUUGGUUCAAUGUUUUCAAGUUUUAUUUCGUGUCCAUCCUUGACAUCUGUUCCAAUCGUGUAGGGAGAAAGAUGAACAGCCUCUAACAUAUGGUUUCGCGACAAAUUUGCAUAAAGUAUCCAUUCCAAAAAGUAGGGUCAAGGUCUACUCUUAAAAACUUGCUUCACAAAGAUGCUGCUUUUUUCGCGGCAUUCUUAAGACUGGUCUUACAAUUUUGAUCGAGAGUUGUCUUUAAAAGUGAAAAAUAAGAAAAAUAAGGUUCUAAUACUAAAAAGUACUUCUCUAAUAUUAUAAAUUAUAGUACUAUAGUUAACCGGAGAUGCAUUUUCAUAGUCGGAUUAUUAUGAUUGCCUAAUUACUUGAUGUUUCCAGAGAAAACAAGACCUCAAUUCACGACUUCCCUAAACAUGUGUGGAGGUGAUGAAAAACGUUUUCCUUUUUUUUUUCUUUUCAGCUGUAAUAUAGUAACCAUGGAUUAACGAGAACCCUAACAUGAUAAAUGCUGCAUUUAAUUAAAAUACAUCAAAAUUAGAGAUAAGUCUUUCUACUGAAAUAUCACCAUAUUUGAACUCUAUACAUGCGGACACGAAAGCAUUUUUUCAUUAAGGGCCUUGCGCUUAUUCUUCUGGAUGUGGACUGACAAAAAAUACCCAUUUUUAUACUUAACAUGAUCUGGUAAGGAGAAAUCACGUGUACAAGUCACAGCUCAAAGUUUGUGGUUACCUGAACGAGAAACUGUAUAGCAAGAAAUAGGAAAUAAAAGGCAGCAUCACUAUAAUAUUUUUAACGUUGCUUUAUUGACCAGAACCUUUCACCGAGCUUGGCAAAAGAAACUUUUAUAUGCUUGAAGUUUUUGGUAAACAACUACCAUGCCUCAACAGCCUAAUCACAUGCACAUGAGGUGAAGGAGAUGUCUUCACAAAAUUCAACACAUACACAUACAAUCGCUUUUUUUUGUUGUUUUUGUUUUUUAUCUUAAGGGGUCAUCUUAAAACUAAACCAAUCAGUUCAGUUUCAUGCAUGACGGUACGUGUCGGUAUAAGAUAAAGGGAGUUAGCCGUACAAACAAUUGCUAGAGAAAUUGCGGACGUUUUUAGCUGCAGCUAAAUCGAUCUAAUUUUUCUCACCUAUCAGUGACUAACUUGGACUGAAUGCGUAGCUUUUCCAACUCCUAAAAGUUUUUGGCGUGGUAGAGAGGAAAGUAAAAGGCUGCUGUUAUGAACACAUAAUAACAGGAAGGGUAACUAUGGAAACACUUUUUUUUUUCUGUUAUUUGUGUUUCGAGUGUUCAUCUUCUGACCCUGUUUCAGUUCUCCUUGCACGCAGGCAAAUAAACGUAGAGUUUUACUUUGCAAGAUAAUUACCAUAAAAGGAAAAGGAGACAAGCAAAACCAAGCAAACAAUGAACAGGAACAGAGGAUUGACUUUCAUAUAUUCCGCACUACUUAAAUGAUGCGCACGUAGCACUGAUUUCAGUAAUCACAGUGUUCUGGUGCAGCUCUCAUCAUGGUUCAGCAUUUCGCUGUUUUGUUGAUUCUCUGUAUUUCUGGCGGUUCACUGGGAACAACCACCUCACCUCAGCAACAAAACACUGAAAAGGUAAAGGAUUUAUGUGAGGUAAGAAAUACAUGAAGAUCAAAGCCACAUAUUUUAGUACUUUUAUCAUCGCUAUAUCAUUUUGCAUUCCAAUUUAUUUAAAAGUCCUUUUUCAGCAUGAUCUGACAAUUGCUUAUUUCAUUGUUACCUGCUUAUCCUAUUAAUUAACUAAUUGGUAUUUAACGUUCAGUUUUCAGUUUCCAAUUUUCAGAUUUCCUUCGUCUCCACAUUAAACUACAAAUCAUCUUUAUUUUCAGCGAACUCUAGUGGGUUUCCCGGGCAUCCCAGGAUCCAAUGGCAUGCCAGGAAUGCCAGGCGUUCCCGGUCCUCAAGGACCCCAGGGAAGGGAUGGUACUAAGGGAGAAAUUGGUGAUAAAGGAUCACAAGGAAUGUCGGGUCCAAGAGGAGACAGAGGUCGCGAAGGACCCCCUGGGAAGAGUGGACCCCGAGGAAUCAAGGGAAUAAAAGGUCAAACGGGAAUCCUGGGAAUGAAAGGAGAGCAAGGCAUUGUGGGAAAUCCAGGGAGAAAAGGAGACAAAGGAGAGAAAGGAGAAAGCGCCAAAGGAAGUCAAGCAAGUGUAGUACCACAAACCAACUGGAAACAAUGUGUGUGGAAAUCAGACAGCGGUACUGAUAACGGAAAGAUUAAGGUAAUUAGAAAAAGAAUCAUGACACACUUCUAAGAAAAUUCAUUCUUUUUUAAAAAAAAAAAAAAAAAAAAACUAAAGAUGAACGUCUCCCCUCUCACCCACCGUUUGCUAACACAUUACAUGAAGAACUAAGUUACAUUUCACUCAUACAGCACUACUGCUAAGGGAAAGAUUAAGGUAAUUAGAAUAAGAAUCAUGACACACUCCUAACAAAAUUCAUUCCUUUUUAAAUUAAAAAUAUUCAAAGAUGAACGUCUCCCCUCUCACCCACCGUUUGCCACCACAUUACAUAAAUAACUAAGUUGCAUUUCACUCUACUUUGGUUUUUUUUGAAAAAAAAAAAGGAAAAAAUCAUGCGUGAUAAAAUGAUUCCUGGCCAUAUGGAUAAGGACAACACAAAUUGAAGCUAUUACAGAGUUUUUGAAAAUUAGGAAGUAAUGUUGACUGGAGUAGUUAGUAUCAAUCAUUACGACACGGUUGCUCGCCUUGCUACAAUAUGUUUGAUUUGUUUGAUUUUAUUCCAGGACUGUGCGUUUAACAAACUGCAGUCUAAUUCAGCGCUGAGAGUCUCACUCCAGGGAAACAUGGGGGUCCUAGGUACUAGUUCUAAGUGUAACCGGUGGUAUUUCAAGUUCAAUGGAAAUGAAUGCAGUGGACCAAUGACGAUUGAGGCUGCUGUUUACAACUACUGGCCAUCUGGGAACCCUAAUCUGCUGCAUCAUCGGUCAAUUGAUGGGUACUGCGAAAACAUCCCACAAGGCGCUGUUAGAGUGGAAUUAUGGGUAGGACAGUGCAGUAGUGGGCACGCCCUAGGUGAUGCUCACACUGGCUGGAGUUCAGUAUCCCGGAUAAUAAUUGAAGAAGUAUCUAGGCCCCAGUCCUAAUAAGGAGAGUAUUUAACUUUGGCGCUGUCUCAAUUUCCUUAGAAUUGCAUUCUACAAGUAUACACUGUAAAGCGUAAGGUGCAAAAGAAUUGUUUUUUGGUUAUUUCCUUUCUUUUUCUUUUUUUUUUUAGCUUUUUUGUGGCUACAUUUGUCGUAUUAGAUUAUCAAUUGUAAACUCUUAAGAGUCAAGACUUUGCAUUGUUAUGUCGGCAUGUUAGUCCGGUGCAGCAGCUCUUUUUAUUGUCACGCAGCGCUUCUUUAACUCCUUUGUGGGGAGGCGCUUUUCGUGACGACACAAUAACCAGCUGAGCUAGUAGGGAAUUGGUCUCCCGGCCCAUCCAGCCGUUUUGUCUUGUCACACACUGCUCCUUUUCGUUGCGUGACGAGACAAAAUUGGCUGUGAUUGAGAGUGAUUGAUUGGCAAUGCUUUUUGCAGGCGAUAUGUUUUGUAUGCAAAAUAUAUCACUACAGCAUUAGGGGAACAGGGAAAAGCGUCCUGGGGACGAGGUCGUCCAAUUGUCUCUUGGGUUACCAUGUAUACAACCAGAUUGUCGGUCGUUUCCUUGGUCUAUAGAUAUGUAGUCAAAGUAAAGGUCGUGAUAUAAUCUUUCACAGUGAAAAGAAAAAAAAAUGUGUUGAAGAGAUAACCUCUGCAUUUAAAAUAUUUUCGACUGGAAAAUCUUUAAUUAAAUCCGGAAGUGAAAACGAGGGAAGACCAUUACUUUACUUGUAUUAAAAUUCGCGUUGUACUCGUUCGCUUAGCCUUAAAUUCGCACGAUUUAAUUUCGCGCACCUCUGGUUAAGACUUAUUUGCGCAGCUUUAAAUUCGCGCAAGUAAUUUUCCGUGUUCGUUCUUUUUGGUUUGUUUAAUAGAGCUAUUAACAAUUAACGCAUUUAUCAACAAAUACUACAAUAUUUGUAAAAAAGCGAUUAAGUGGCCAUCAAAAAAUGCCUUCAAAAUUAUGUAAAUUAUGUAAUGUAACCAAAAUUCAACUUAAAACAUAUGUCAAAUGUGUAUAUGCGUUAAUAAAACAACUGAUUUGCAUUACUAACAAUGAGUGUCUCAUAUUACACCACAAAGCUUUUCGCACGGAUUAUUAUUCGCGCAAUACUAAAAUUGGCACUCCCAGCGCUGCGCGAAUUCUAGUACUGAGCGAAUUUUAAUAUAAGUGAGGUAUUAACAACGGAUUAGAUUUCGAGGAUUAAAAUCGCACCUUGUAAAAUUUAUACCAAUUAGCUAGGAAGAUGAAUAUGAUUUUAGUAUAACUUGAUUAUCUCUUUCAUGCGUGGCACGCGUUCAAAAGGGAAGGGAAGGAGAUUUAGGCGCGAGACCGCGCGUGAUGGAGUACGAGUGCGUUUAUAAAUAAAGACGUUCCCAGUUAUCAGGGUCUCUUAACUUAGAAAAUGGGAGGGGAGCACGUCACAAUAAUUUGGCUACCUAAAUAACCAGUGCUGUAUGCCCCGGUAGGGAAUACCGUAUGGGUAUACCCGGUAGGAGAUAUAAAUAGAGCAACUUAGUCUCACUAAGAACUUCCGUAAAGAGAGUACAGUUUUCUUUUAUUUAGCAAGGCCUUUUUUGCUUUGUAGGUUUUUAUAUAAAGUGUACCAUAUAUUUCACGACUUUAUCUUUUUUUUUUUUUUUAUGUUUUUGAUGGUUUCCUAGAAAGUACUUACACUUUUAUCAAAACCUGAGCACAACAUCGCCCUUGGAGAGCAAUCUUCUCUUUCAUCCUAACCGAAAAAAACGUUUCCUCGAUGUUUCAGCCAGAGGUGAACUAAUGAAGGGUUAGAAUAGCCACUAAACAUUGCAAUUGUGAUAAAAGAGUACCAACGUUUAACAAAUGCUGACCUUACGCCGACCCCAUAGGAGCUCCUCUGAUCCAGUAUAUCUAUUGUGGCUCGGAGGAAACCUAUUCACUAUAUUUUGUGGUAUAAAAUAGUCGCCUUUGCCCAGUAUAUAUGAUAUACCUAAAAUAAAGAAAGGAAAGUAGCCUAGGCCCGGGGGAGCGGGGGGGGGGGGGGGGGGUACUCAACAAAUUUUUAUACGGGUCCUAAGGUCCAACCCCUUACCCUUUUAUAUACCAUUUUUCACGAAAAAGGAAUCCUUUCGUAUGCCUUCAAUUGACAAAUGGUACCCCUUUUACAUACCCUGUUUAGAACUUUGCAUUCCUUUUGACUGCUGUAAGUGCACUGUCAUUUGACUGGGAAUUAAUCACAAAAAUAGAACGUUUUCUCGACUUUAUAAAGCCAUAAAAUUGAUCUGUUAGCCCUAGCCUUUGGGCCCUGUAACAGACCCAAAUGACCGAUUUCCCUACCCUUUCAUAUACUUCAGCGAGUAAAAUCUCUCCCCUUUCAUACACCUGAAGCCUGAAAAAGGUACCCCUCUGGGCGGAGCCUCCCCGUAUAGGCCAUUAUAGGGAGAACCCCCUCUGGGAGCCUAGGUAUUCAACCAGGUGGCUUAUAAACCCAAGGCUUUUAUCUUAGUAGAAAGACACUUAUUACAUGGUAGCCAUUACAUGCAAACCGCCUUUUACAAUAACAAGAAGGCGUAACUAUCACAGAAUUCCAUUACUCUUCGCGUGUUUUGAUUGGCCCCUGUAACUUCCGAGGGUCUUAUAUCCAAGGAGGCUUAAAAUCGGAAUAGAAAAUGAGUUUUGAAACACGCAAUAGCAGGGCUGAUCAAAAUACGUUUUGCAUUCACUGGUUUUAUAUUAAGCUUCAAAAUGUCAUUGAUAACAAAUAGAACUCACAGGGAGCUUAUAAUUAGUGCUAGAUAGGGGCUUAUAUUCGGGGAGACGUCUAAUAGCAUGUAGCGAAAGAUUGGUCUAUAACUGGGGGAGGGGGGCUUAUAAGUGGCGGGGGGGGGUGGGAACCUUAUAAUCGGCUGUUACAGUGUGUGAGUACUUUUAGCCAGAUUCCUUAAGGUAAUGAUAGACUGGGUUUAAGUAUUAUAAAAACAGACGUCGUCUUUUAGGUGUUCGCAUUUCACGACUUAGUUGAGUAGAAAAUGGGAAGGAGUUGUAUUAAAAGGUUUUAAUCCAUUCUCAUUUUUUGUCUUGCCAUUUUAAGGCUGGUUUACCGGCAGCGAUUGUGUGCCCUAUUUCCUAAGAAAAUAUAUCGCGAUGCAACAGAUCAUUUUAAUCUAUCCGGUUUUUGACCAUUUUAUAUCUUUUCGUUUUUCUUUCGAAAAAUCAUAGCGUGAAAACCGCCUUAAAGCCUUCCAGUUACAGGAGCAAGUUUUCUUCAACAAGGAAAACUUCCCCCGCCGUUAAAAAGGUAAAGGGAACCUCAUUAUGUCACGAGCCUCAUUAUGUUAUGCAUGAGCUCCAUUAUCUUACGUGCUACUUGACUCACAAUUUUGUUAUCUCGCGAGAAUGAAGCUGCCUCUAACAUGAAUGUCUCGCAACAGUAUUUUGAAGCAGGUAUAUUUUGAAAAAGUAGGUUCACGUUCUACAUUAUGUAACGUCUGCUACAGCAAAAAUAAAAACCGCCAGAGGAUGAUACGCUCUCUUUUUGACUGACUCUAGAUCGUAAUAGCCGGGGAGGCUACUCAACACAGUUUUAUAUGGGAAGGCUUCGCCCCAAGGACUAACCCCUUAACCCUGCACUUAACAUUUUUGACAGAAAACAUACCCUUUUGUACACCUUCUAUUGGCCAUACUUAAAAAAAGAGACGGAUUAUCCGCCUGAGACGGGUUAUUCGGUGGAAAGUUCGCGUCAGGCAGAUAAUCCUCUUAUAUGAUUGCACUUUUAAGUCUUCGUCUUCAGUUAUGGGCCCAUAUCAUGGCUGUAAACGAAAAAAAAUACAUCCGAAUAUAAUCCCCACCGGGUAUAAUUAGCUCCCCUCUAGCUUGAACUGAAUUGAAUUCGAUUUAUAAUGACGUUUUGAAUCCUUAAUUAACGAGCAGUAAAUGCAAAAACAUCUAUUUUGAUCAGCAAUGCUACAACUUAUUUCCAAGCGGUUUUUCUAUGCCAUCAACAAGCCCCCUCGGAAAUUAAAAGCCCCUCCGUUUAUACGUCUUCCUAAAACCAAUUAAGAAGAUGUACAUGUAUAAUCCCAGGGCUUAUAUGCGACAAUUUAUGGUAAGGGACCGUUCACAUAUCUAGUACCAACACAAUGUCUUUUGUCAUUUUCAUGUAGCGUUUAAUUUGAUUCAAUGAAUUUUAACUUUAAUUUUAAUUUCAAAGGCUGUGACAUUGCCAAAUUUGAAAGUGAUACGUCUUAAGCUUGCAAAGAGUUGCGAAAAUUUACAUACGUUUGUACGUAUGUGAGAGUUUAAAAAUAGACACACUAACACUAGACACGUUAAGGCUUGUUUAGCUGGACCUUAAUGGAGUCUCUACUUUUUCUGACAUAGCAUCCCCAACUUGGACUGAAGGCAGAUUCAUGAUUAUUUUUGACGUACUAAAAAGGAAAGGGAUCGGGUACCGUUACAAACACAAAAUCGUGAUAGCAUGCAUAAAACUUUGUUGCUUUUGUAAAAAUUUAUAUUCUGCCAUUUAUUUUUGGAAUGUUCAUCUUUUGACCCUGUUUCAGUAUCUUGAAGCGGGCUUAUAAACAAAGAAUAAGAAGAGCCAACAAAUAGCCAUAAAAGGAAAAACAAACAAGCAAAAACAAACAAACAAUACACAGGAACAGAGGAUUUACUUAAAAUAUUUUCUAUAAAAUGAUGAGCACGUAGCAAUGAUUUCAGUAAACGCUGUGUUCUCGUUCAAUUCUCACCGCCAUGGUUCAGUAUUUCGCUGUUUUCCUGACUCUCUCUCUUUUUGGCGGCUCACUGGUAACAACCACCUCACCUCAGCAACAAAACGCCACAGAGUUAAAAGACUUAUGCCAGGUAAGAAAUGCAUAAAGAUAUAAAGAGGAGUACUACGCCGUAGAUUAGGUACACCCAGAAACUGUUUUAUUACUCUCACGUCGUUAUGUUCAUUUACUAAAAAGUACCCGUUAAAAGUGUAUGGCAGUUUAUUUAAAAGUCCUCGCUUCAGCGUGAUCUUUCCUCGAAAACCUGAAGCCUGUCCAUUGUUAGCUGUUAAUUUUCUCUGAUUCCAUCCUCGUCCAUUCGAGGCGAGAUAUCGCUAUAAAAAGGAUUAUGAUAUCCAAGGUCCAUUCCGUGCCUCGAAAACAAGGGAGACGGUUGGCGGGUAUAGACUUUGUUCAUUUUGGUGUGGAAUCAUUGUUUGCGAGGGAGCUACGGGCGUGUAUGAACGUAUUUAUCGUUUCAAUUCCAAAUGAGAAGGAAAUAGCAAUAAUUAUGCGAAUUCUUUUUCGUUGCUGUUCUAAAUUAAUCUAAGUAAUUAUGACAAGCAUAAUUUCUUCGAGGUAAGGUCUGAAAACUGGUAUGGAUUUUAGAGGCCAAGUCUGAAUACGCGUGUCAAAAAUGACGUGAUUUGGUUUGAAAUAGAGUCAGGAUUUUGAGGACCGGGUGGCACAUCCCCCACCAAGAAUUCCUAGGAGUACCCCACCUCGAGUUAUCUAAGAUCCCGCGUCGUCUUUGUCUCGGCUAAUUACAAUUCAUCUUUUUUUCCCCAACUUUAGCGAUCUAUGCUGGGUUUCCCCGGUAUUCCAGGAUCAAAUGGUAUACCUGGAGUGCCGGGAGUGCCGGGCGUCCCUGGGCCACACGGACCCCAGGGAAGAGAAGGUGUAAAAGGACAAAUUGGUGAUAAAGGAUCACAUGGAAUGCCAGGUCCAAGAGGAGACAGAGGGCGCGAAGGACCCCCUGGAAAGAGUGGACCCCGAGGAUUUCAGGGAAUGAAAGGCCAACAGGGACUUCUGGGAAUGAAAGGAGAGCAAGGCAUUGUGGGAAAUCAAGGAAGAAAAGGAGACAAAGGAGAGAAAGGAGAAAGCGUCAAAGCAAGUCAAGCAAGUGUAGUACCACAAACCAACUGGAAACAAUGUGUGUGGAAAUCAACCAGCAGUACUGAUAACGGAAAGAUUAAGGUAAAUAGAAUAAGAAUCAUAGCACACUCCUAAGAAAAUUCAUUCCUUUUUUAGUUAAAAUCUUUCAAAGAAGAACGUCUCCCCUCUCACUCACCGUUUGCCAAGCAACACAUUACAUAAAUAACUAAUAAGUUAUAUUCUCCUCUACUUUGGUUCUCUUUGAACAAAAAAAAAAAAGAAAACUAUCAUGCGUGAUAAAAUUAUUCCUGGCCAUAUGGAUAAGGACAACAAAAAUUUAAGCUAUUAUAGAGUUUUUAACAUUAGGAAGUAAUAUUGACCGGAGUUGUUAGAAUCAAUCAUUACACAAGGUUGCUCGCCUUACUACAAUACGUUUCAUUUGUUUGAUUUUAUUCCAGGACUGUGCGUUUAACAAACUGCGGUCUAAUUCAGCGCUCAGAGUCUCAUUCCAGGGAAACAUGAGGGUCUAUGGAACUGGUGCUAAGUGUAAUCGGUGGUAUUUCAAGUUCAAUGGAAAUGAAUGCAGUGGACCAAUGACGAUUGAGGCUGCUGUUUUCAACAGCUGGUCAUCUGGGAGCCCUAAUCUGCUGCAUCAUCGGUCAUUUGAGGGGUACUGUGAGAACAUCCCACAAGGCGCUGUAAGAGUGGGAUUAUGGGUAGGACAGUGUAGUAGUGGCCACAACUUGGGUGAUGCUGCAACUGGGUGGAGCUCAGUGUCCCGGAUAAUGAUUGAAGAAGUAUCUAGGCCUCAGUCCUAA